AUGCCCUCCCUUCUUCUCCUGACGCUGAUGGUAGCGAUCGCGCACGCCGCGGCACAAGUCUCCGUCCUCCCUGGCUACACGUUCGACGGCGGCCGCUUGCACAAUGUCCAGAUCGAGGUGCUGACCACGGGUGUCGGGUCGAAUGUCUGGCUUAUUUACAGUGAUGGGCAGGGAACAUGGCGCCAGCCUCCCCUCCGCAUCCCCGCCACCUACUCUCGCCCGGCAACCGACGUCCCCAACCGAGAGAUAUGGACAAUCGACGACGCGCCGUUGGUUGACCCCGCCGCGGGCAUCCAGCGAUUCUAUAUCCAGUAUAGCGCCGCGAAUGGGAAGACUUACUAUGGCAACAACAACGGCGCGAAUUACCCCGUCGUUGCCGUGACUGGUCCCCAACCCACCACCACAACCAUCCCGCCCUCCCCGCCGACCACCACCACCACCACCGCGACCGCCGCAACCACGACCACCCCCGUCGCCCCACCGACAUCAACGGGCGUCUGCGAGCCAGUGACCCCCGCGUGGUCGCCGAAUGUCGACUUGAUUGAUACGAGCGAUUUCUACACACAGGAUAAGCCGCAGGGCGGAUGGUUUGUCACCCCGAUCCAUGCGACGUUGUUACAGGAUGGACAGAUCUAUAUAGUAGGCUGGAAUCGCCGCGACUACAUCAACUGCGUCAAACCCCUCGGCACCCGCAAGCACGGCGUCUCCUUCGUCAUCCCCGCGUCCGCCAUCCUCGCCGCCGCGCGCAAUCCUCCCCCACCGAACCGCAACCCCACCCUCACCAUCCCGCGGCCGAUCCCCGACCAACGGCGCGGCGCGGAAGAUACGUUGUACUGCUCGGGGCAGGUGACGAUGAAGGAUGGACGGGUUUUUGUGGUUGGGGGCGCGAGUUAUCGGAAUUUGGGAAUGAGUGAUGAGAUGGAGGUUGGGGUUAGUUAUGCGAGGGUGUAUGAUCCGAAGACGGGGGGGUAUAGUACGACGCCCGAUGCGCCGAUUGGGACUAUGUGGUAUCCUACGGCAGCCGCUCUUCCGUCCGGGGAUAUUCUUGUGACGGGAGGGUUCGCCCGCUGCUGCAACGGCGACUCGGAUGCCAACGACAACGCCGCGCUGUACCACCCCACCACCAACGCCUGGUCUAACCUGGGCUACAUCCCAAACCACCUCAUCACCCCCGGAAUCCGCGACUACACCCACAUCUUCGUCCUCCCGCGGCCAAUCACACUCAACAACCGGCCCCGCCAUGUCGCGAUGAUGGGCGAGCAGGGCACCAUCGUGUAUUACAACACCGAUGUGGACACCCCCAAUGAUCAGCGGGUCGCGAUCCCAACCAACGCCGGGCGACCGAGCGGGGGCGGGUACGACGCGACCGCCUUCCAAAGCCCCACCGGCGCGCUCAUCACCCUCGGCGGGGGGUCGCAGCCCUGGACGCUCGACGCGUUCACACCGUCCACGUCCACCUGGACGUCCACGGACGGCACCUUCAGCCGCGACAACCCCACCUCCGUUCUCCUCCCCGACGGCACCGUGCUGUUCGUGAACGGGAAGAACCGCUUCGACGCCUCCCAAUCCCCGCCCCCACAGCUCUACAACCCCUUCACCGGCACACUCACCACCCUGCCUGGGUGGUCCAACGACCCACAUGUCCGCGCAUACCACUCCUGGGCCAUCCUAUUGCAAGACGGCCGCGUCGCUGUCGGCGGCGGGAUCGAUCAUGGCGGACAUGAUAUUGCGUGCGAACGCGUCGACGUGCGGAUCUUCACCCCGCCGUACCUCCAAUCCCCGUCGGGGUGCGUCACCCGGCCGGUCAUCACCUCCCCGGGCGUCAUCGCAUUCACGAUGCGCCGGGAUGCCGACGGGGCGAACCCUGCAACAGCAGUAACAUACACCGGCCCACGUCCGCGCACGAUCCGUGGGGCGGCCCUGAUGGCGUUGGGGAGCUCGACGCACUCGUUUGAUCAGAAUCAACGAUACGUCGCGUUGGAUGUGGUCGAGUACGGGAAUGGGGCGCUGGGGGUGAGUGUGAGGGCUGGGGAGGCCGCGAUCGAGGGGGUGUAUAAUCUGUUUUUGGUGAGUGAGGCCGGGGUGCCGAGUGUGGGUGUUGGGGCGAGGAUUGUUGUUGUUUAG